AUGUCAUGUUUCAGGCUCCCAUUGUCUCUGUGUCAGCUUCUUGAUAAACUUGUGGCUAGAUUCUGGUGGGGGGCUGAGGAGGGUCAACCUAAGAUCCGAUGGGUGUCUUGGCCGAAUAUGUGUAGGAGUAAGCAUGAGGGAGGGAUGGGAUUUCGCGAGUUUGAGCAUUUUAACCAAGCGGUGUUAGCUAAGAUUGGCUGGUGA